AUACUGGUGUCCGGUGGACUACCAUACCCUUUCCCCUCUAGACACUCUGUUUUCACAAGCAACAGAACGGCUUUAAGCAAGAACAAUUUUCUGAAACUGAAUCCUCCUCUGUCCAAACAUGAGAAGCCAAUAUCCUUAUUCUUCAAUUCUUCCUAUCCUUCCCUUUCUUGUCAUCUUUUUUCUAUCUUCUUCUCUAUGUUCAACAGACAAAAGCUCUUUGCACAGAGGAUCUUCCCUUUCAGUAGAGGACGAAUCAGACGUGCUAAUCUCUUCAGACAACUCAUUCACAUGUGGGUUUUACAGGGUCGGCAAAAAUGCCUACUCUUUCUCAAUUUGGUUCUCAAAUUCAGCUGACAAAACUGUCGUUUGGAUGGCAAACCGAGACCGCCCCGUCAACGGGCGGCGCUCGAGAAUUUCACUCAACCGAGACGGCAACAUGGUUCUACUGGACACUGAUGGCUCAUCCAUUUGGAACACCAACACUAGCUCUAGUGACGUUGAUCGAGCGGAGCUUACGAACGACGGAAAUCUUGUUCUAAGAGAUAUGAAUGGCAAUAUCUUGUGGCAAAGCUUUGAUUAUCCAACUGAUACUCUUCUCCCUUCACAGCCCAUUACCAGACGCAAGAGAAUUGUAUCUGCAAGAGGGAGAGGAACAUUCUCUCCAGGCUAUUUCAGUUUAUAUUUCGAUAACGAUAAUGUUCUGAGAUUGAUGUAUGAUGGGCCUGAGAUUUCCAGCGUGUAUUGGCCGAAUCCUGAUAAUGGCGUGUUUGGCAAUUUUAGAACAAACUACAAUAGUAGCAGAUAUGCUGUUCUUGAUGCAAUGGGUAGGUUCAUGUCGAGCGAUCGAUUGGAAUUCAAUGCUUCUGAUAUGGGUUUUGGGAUUAGAAGGAGACUAACACUGGACUAUGAUGGAAAUCUCAGACUCUAUAGCUUGAAUGAAUCAAAUGGGUCAUGGAUGGUUUCAUGGGUGGCUCUUUCACAGCAGUGUAGUGUGCAUGGGCUAUGUGGCAGAAAUGGGAUUUGCAUUUAUACACCAGCACCAAGAUGUUCGUGUCCACCGGGCUAUGAAAUGAAAGAUCCAAGUGAUUGGAAUCAAGGUUGCAAACGUCAAUUCAACCAAAGCUGCAACCCCCAGCAAGUAGAAUUUUUAGAGAUUCCACAGAUAGAUUUCUAUGGGUUCGAUCUCACAAUCGAAUUCAUUCAAAACGUAUCACUAAAAUCUUGCCAGAAGCUCUGCUUAGAUGAUUGCUCUUGUGAGGCUUUUGGGUACAGAUUAACCGGCACGGGCGUCUGUUACCCCAAAAGUGCGCUUUUUAAUGGGUAUAGGUCGCCAGCCUUCCCAGGCAGCAUAUAUUUAAAACGGCCCAAAAACAUAGAAGCCUCAGCAUCCUCUGUUAUCAAAGCGUCUGAGCCUAUCUGUGAAUCUAGCAGAGAAGAAAUUAUGCUUGGUUCUUCAGAUAUUUAUAUCAACAAUCGAGACAAGAAAUACUUGUAUUUCUAUUGGUUUGUUUCGGCAUUAGGCGCAAUCGAGAUAUUCUUUAUUGCAUCAGGGUGGUGGUUUCUAUUCAGGAAGCAUGAGACACCAACGUCAGCGGUGGAAGGGUACCAAGCAAUAUUCAAUCAGUUCAGGAGAUUUACAUACGCAGAGCUGAAGAAGGCGACAAAGAAAUUCAAAGAGGAGCUAGGGAGGGGAGGUUUUGGGACUGUUUAUAUGGGAGUUUUGGAUGAUGAGAGAGUGGUGGCAGUGAAGAAAUUGGGGGAUGCCAUUCAAGGAGAAGAUGAGUUUUGGGCGGAAGUAAGCACGAUAGGGAGAAUUUACCACAUGAAUCUAGUGAGAAUGUGGGGAUACUGUUUAGAGCGAGCAAAGCGACUCCUGGUCUAUGAAUAUGUAGAAAAUGGGUCAUUGGACAAACACCUAUUCUCUAAUGGAAGCGGCACGGGCCCUGCUAGCGUGCUCAGAUGGGAGGAGAGGUUCAAAAUUGCUGUAGGGACUGCCAAGGGUCUGGCCUAUCUUCACCAUGAGUGUCUCGAAUGGGUAAUCCACUGUGAUGUGAAGCCUGAAAACAUACUUCUGGAAUUGGAUUUCGAACCCAAGAUCGCUGAUUUUGGACUGGCAAAAUUGACUGAGAGAAGUGGGCCUAGUUAUAACUUCUCUCGGAUCCGAGGAACGAUUGGGUACAUGGCUCCAGAGUGGGCUUUGAAUCUACCCAUCACUGCAAAGGUUGAUGUUUAUAGCUAUGGUGUUGUGCUUCUUGAGAUUGUGAAGGGAAUUCGGCUUUCGAAUUGGGUGUUGGAUGGGGAAGAAGACGAAGUGGAAUUAAAGAGGUUAGUUAGGAUGGCGAAGGAGAAAAUGGAGAGAGGAGAAGAAUCAUGGGUGGGAGAUUUUGUGGAUUCCCGAUUGAAUGGACAGUUUGAUUGGAAACAAGCGGCGGCGAUGGUGAAGUUAGGAAUCUCCUGUGUGGAGGAGGAAAGAAGCCAAAGACCAACUAUGGAUCUGAUAGUCCAAACUCUCCUAGAAUGCAAAGAUGAACCAAUGAGUCAUAUGAUACAAGAAUAUGACUCAGGAAUAAGAUCAGUUGGUGGCGGCGCCCCAGUAGAUUUUUAGCUUAUUUUCGCUUGAUAGUUGUAUUUUCCAUUUUUUUUUAAUUUUUUUUUUUGUAUAAUUUUCAUAUAGAUGGACAUCACACUUGGAAUUAUAUCUUCACAUAUUAGCCCUAUGUUUUUUUGUUUUAUUAUCUUUA